AUGGGCCUCCGUGUCAGAUUACGGAAAACGUUCUCCUACAACACGAAAAAGAAUAGCAUCUCGUCCCAAACAGGCCCCAACGGCGAAACCCUGUACAUGGACCGUACCGAUAUCGAAUACUACAAACCCAACGAGAUUCCCAAGUCGAAGUACCGUGGCAGGGUGGAUCCGGAACACCAAGCCUCCUUGCAAGCUUUCAGUCUUGCAGACGCAUUUUCGUCAGCACGGCGGCGGAGUUCGUUGGCCCUGAGUGGCACAUUCUCGCCUGGAGGGACGAAGAGCCAGAGCGCCGUUGUGAGCAGGACGCACAGCCGAGCGGCGAGCCGUAGGCCAAGUGUACAUGAGCCCUCGGGCUUGAGGCAGCACAGCGAACUGGACGACGAGGCCAGCAGUUCGAGCAGCACGAGCAGGGAGAAGAGCGUCGCUGCCAGUACGAUCCUCGACGCCGGCACGGCAAGCACGUCGCUAUCAGACCAACCAACCGCUGUCCCUUCCGCGCCCACCGAACAAGACAGGCUCGUCCAGCAUGAUAGUGGCAUUGACAUGGCCGGUCUGUCGAAGCAAGCCACUGCACACGAUACUCCGUUCACGGUGGAAGAGCUGGAACAAGCCAUGACGCGGGCGACCCUUAAGAACAGGUUUUCCGGCGAAAGGCGGAUUGGUUUGGCCUUAUGA